UGGCCGAGUAAAGACAUACGGCGACAUGUCUCUUCUGAAUAUUUUAUUCGGACGUUUACUCUCUGUAUCCGACUCAGAGCCGCUGACAAUCAAGAAGAUAUUUUUGAUUCUGUUUUUGAAACUGUACGAGUUCGUCUUUAAACCCAGACUUCACUUUCACGACUUAGACGACGACGAAGAUUUGGUCAAAGCCGGCGUCUUCCCCAGCCCGGUCGAAUGGAAAUUAGAAUGUCCUCGAAACUGCGAUCUCUACAGAGAAGAGGACGAAGUGCUGAUAUACGGGAUAAAUUCGAAGAAGGAAUGUUUGCUGGUGAGGUUGGCCAGGAUCGACGAUAGGAUGGCCGAAGCCUGGCUCUAUCUGAGACUUUCCAACGGCAAAGUUUACGUUCUGCAGGAAACGGGUAGAACGACCGACGACCGUUACUUCCAAGCGGCCGGUUUGCGACUGCAAUGUCUAUCCCCUCUGAGAAGAUGGAGAAUAUUCUUCAACGGUCUUCUCAGGGAAAACGGCGACAAAGCGAUUCACGUGAAAUUUAGUUUUGUAUGGGGAGCUUUAUCAGGAGUGUACGAUUUCUCUAGCGAUGUGGAUAAGGAUGCCAUGGCCAAUGCCUUAGAUCACGCUUCCUUCUUUUCACUGUUCGGCAACGUUUCCAGAACACGAAAUUUAAUGGACGUCUACACCCAACAUGGACAAAUGAGAGGAACGAUUAAGUUGGAAGGAUCCGAUAAAGAAAAGGAGAUGCAUUUAUGGGGAACCAAAAUGAGAAAUCUUCGUAAGUUUCGUUCCAUUAUUCAUUUAAUCUUCGAACCGAACUUUGUUCUUUUAUUUCAUAAAAGUGCUCUACAACAGGAAUUUUAAAUUUCGCGUUUAACAUUGGACAAAGUUUUUAUUUUAUUCAAUUCGAUGGCAUUAAAAGCUUCUUAUAUCAAAAUUCAUAAGUUCAGAAGCACUAAUUUAGUGCAUCUGAAUAAGUGUAAAAGUGUCUUCACAGUUUCCCCUUUCCACACUUAGGUAUUGCACAAUGUAUUCUGGGGCCUUAGUCUCGAGUUUUUCGUGUUACAACUCCCAACGUGUUGAAGGUGUCACGUGGUACCAUCUCACACACUGACGUCAAAUUGGUAGUCUCGAGUUCUAACUCACGUGCUUUCCCAUCUCACCAUGCGAGUUGCUACUCACGUUGAGUCGAG